AUGAAUCCCCUCAAAUGUGCCUUCGGAAUAACAUCAGGAAAGUUCCUAGGCUUUGUGGUGAUUAAUGAAGGGAUCCAAGUGGAUCUAAGCAAAGUUGAAGCGAUCACAACCAUGGCGCCUCCGGAAAACACAAAGGAACUACAAGCUUUCAUAGGACGGAUAUCAUAUAUACAGUGCUUCGUACCUGGUCUAGCACAAUUAAUGACCGCGUUCUUUCACUUACUAAAGAAACAUGUGACCUUUGCAUGGGGAGAGGUACAGUGCACCGCAUUCGAGAAGUUGAAGCAGUACCUCAUCAACCCUAAGUUUCUCAGGCCUCCGACGAGAGGAGUUCCCAUCUAUCUCCAUACAGAGUUUACCAGCUUGGCGAUAGGUGCGGUUCUCGCACGGGACAUCGAAGGAAAUGAGUUGUCACCUAUCUAUUAUGUUAGUCGAGUCCUGCGAGACGCUGAACUGAGAAGAACUGCUCGAUGGUUGUUACAGUUGUCAGAGUUCGAACUCAAAUAUCAGCGACCAAACGGGGUGAGGGGACAAGCGAUAGCUGACCUAAUAGCCAUGUUCCCAGGAGAAGGAGACGACGAGGUACACGAAUACAUACCUGGAGAAGUAGCAGCCGCAGACAUUGACAAACCUUGGACCAUGUUCUUUGAUGAAUUGUCAUAUGCAACCGUUGGAGGAGCAAUAGUAGUGUUCGAAGCCCCAAGAGGAGAUUUACUAUCGUAUUCGUUCAAAUUAGAUUUCCCGUGCAGUAAUAAUAUCGUCGAAUAUGAAGCACUAAUCCUAGGACUCAAGCUGGAAAAAGAACUAAAUUUAUGGAGUAUAAAAGUAAAAGGCGACUCGAAACUGGUGACAAACCAAGUAAGCGGCGACUUCCACGUCAAAGAACCUCACCUAGCGCCUUAUCGAGCAGAGGCUCAGAGUCCGAUGAACCAAACGGGGUCAACAUUAGAUCAUACGGGAAGGAGCGAAAACCGACAUGCAGAUGCUCUAGAAACGCUAGAAAGAAAGAUGCAACUAAAUGGAGAAGAAGAUGGAACGGUCACGGUAAGAAGAAAAUAG